ACGAGUUGCUGCAGGCAGAUCCUGAACCAUGAGAGCGGCGGGCCGUGGGGCGCAACCCGCGCAGGCAUUGCUGCUGCUGCUGGUGSCACUAGCCGGGGUCUGGUCAUGGGCCUCCGCCUCGUGCCCAAAGCCGCCGCUCUUCAACGUGAGCCUGGACGCGGCUCCAGAGCUGCGCUGGCUGCCGGUGCUGCGGCACUAUGACCCGGACUUGGUGCGCGCGGCGGUGGUGCAAAUCAUCGGAGACAGAGUCCCCAAGUGGGCCCUCACGUUGAUUGGAAAGGUGAUCACGGAGCUGGAGAGCUUCCUUCCCCARCCCUUCACCGACGAGAUCCGCGGCAUGAGCGACUUCCUGAACCUCAGCCUGGCGGACGGUCUCCUGGUCAACCUGGCCUACGAGUACUCUGCAUUCUGCACCAGCAUUGUGGCUCAAGACUCCAGGGGGCACAUUUACCACGGUCGGAAUCUGGACUAUGCUUUUGGAAAUAUCUUACGAAAGUUGACGGUGGAUGUGCAAUUCUUAAAGAAUGGGCAGGUUGCAUUCACAGGAACCACUUUUAUUGGCUACGUAGGAUUAUGGACUGGUCAGAGUCCACACAAGUUUACAGUUUCUGGUGAUGAACGAGAUAAAGGCUGGUGGUGGGAGAAUAUGAUCGCUGCCCUUUUUAAGAGAUACUCUCCAGUCAGCUGGCUUAUCCGCACUACGCUGAGUGAGUCGGAAAACUUUGAAGCAGCCGUUUACAAGUUGGCCAAGACUCCCCUCAUUGCUGAUGUCUAUUACAUCGUUGGUGGUACAUCCCCCCAGGAGGGAGUGGUCAUCACCAGGAACAGAGGUGGCCCAGAAGACAUUUGGCCUCUAGAUCCUUUGAAUGGAGAGUGGUUCCGAGUUGAGACAAAUUAUGACCACUGGAAGCCAGCACCCAAGAGAGAUGACCGGAGAACACCUGCCAUCAAAGCCCUUAAUGCUACAGGACCAGAAAACAUCAACCUGGAGACACUUUUCAAGGUUUUGUCAGUGGUUCCCGUGUAUAACAACUAUACAGUUUAUACUACAGUAAUGAGUGCUGCCAACCCAGAAAAGUACAAAACGAGCAUCAGAAACAUGAGCUGAACAUUUUUUUAAAAAUGAAAUUCUUGAAGAGCUGCACUUAAAAAAAAGACAAAGUGGAAGUAUUUUAUUAUUUUAUGAACAAUACAGACUCCUUCCUCAUUAUACUUUUCAACCUUAUGAAAUGGGGGUCAGGCGUCACUUCGGUGGCAUUUUGAUGGAAUGGGGAAUAGCAUUGUUUUGCAUUCUCUUCUCUUCCUCGUCAUCUUGAUUUUUUUUUUAAGCUUCUACUCUGGCUUUACUCCCAGCUUCUCAUGAUUCUGUUAUCAUACCUCUGCUUAUCCCCUAAAGAAGUCAGCUAGAAAUACCUCUUUGUUCAUUAUGAAGUGCUUCUAGAAGAGCCCAGUUAAAAAUUUCUUCUAAGGCUUAAAUAGGUCAGUUGUAGAACUGUACAGAUUCUGUCUCCAACACCACACACACACACACACACACACACACACACACACACACACACAGAAGGAUUUCUUCUUAAAAAAAAAAUGGAGAGCUCUAUUUUGAAUAGAGCCUGUUUGAAGGUGUGUUCAUGGGACUUUGGUUGUAUAUUUCCAUGUGAUGGGAUAUUUUUAUAUUUCUAAUGUUUUUUACUUCAACCAGUGGACCUUCUUUUUUUCUAAAUAAUUUCUUACCACUUUUUAAGGGGAGUAUGAAAUCAAGUCAUUUUUAGUAGUUACUUAUCAUUUGUUAACAAAAUGUUGAA